AUGACUAAAAAUUUAGGAAACUUUGGAAUAAAGUGUAGCAUCAUUGGUCUCAACGGCUUCGCCCUCACUAAUCCGGAUCCGACCCACGUCGCGCACCUGACAUGGUGGAUGAGUCUGCUGCGGGGAUUUUCUGCAUUCACAAGAUUCGAACCCGAAACCUUACUUAACGAUAUCAAGUCGCUUACCACUUGGACCAACCCCGCAAGGGCGAAGAUUAUGAUGAAAUUCGUGGACUUAAUUGAUGAGAACAUAGAAGAAUUAGCAGCAUUAGAUACAAUUGAUGCUGGGAAAUUGUUCAGUUUGGGUAAAGCUAUCGACAUUCCUUCAGCAGCGAAUAGUCUGUGUUACUAUGCAGGUGCAGCAGAUAAAAUUCAUGGAGAAGUGCUGAAAAUGUCUCGAGAGUUACAGGGGUAUACUCUGCGAGAGCCCAUUGGUGUCGUUCAAUGGCGAAGCCACUUGAAGCAAUAGGUGGUCAAUUGACCACCUUUUGCAACAAAAAA